AUGUUAACCGUUAUAAGAACUGCCAUUGUACAUCAACCAACACGCAUGAUCUCUACCCACUCAUCACCACAUUUUGAAACCAUCAAACAAAAGUUGAAGGCUCUCCUGAAGACGAAGUUCUUCUUCGAGGAGGGGCAGAUCGAGAUACUGGAUACACCAACAAAUUUCUACAAUACAUUAAAAUCCAAGAUUUCACUUGCUGAAAGGAGAAUAUUUAUUGCUUCUUUAUAUCUGGGGAAAUCUGAAAAUGAGUUAAUCCAAUGCAUUUCCGAAGCUAUGAGGAGAAAUGAUAAAUUGAAAGUUUAUUUUCUUAUUGAUGGUCUUAGAGGUACAAGAGAGAGCCCCUCAUUAUGUUCAGCUACUUUACUAGCUCAAUUAGACAAGAAUUUUGGUGAUCGUGUAGAUUGUAGAGUUUAUAAGACUCCGAAAUUUAUAGGGUGGAAGAAGUCUUUAAUUCCAAGACGGUUUAACGAAGGUAUCGGAUUACAACAUAUGAAGAUAUACGGAUUUGAUGAUGAUGUGCUUAUGUCCGGAGCUAAUUUAUCGAAUGACUAUUUCACCAACAGACAAGAUCGAUACUACCUUUUCAAGAAGGCACCAUUUUUUGCCAAUUACUAUUUUAAGUUGCAUCAAUUAAUCAGUAGCAUAAGUUAUCAAGUGAAAUAUUCAUCUCAAGAUUCUUCGAAAUUUAAUCUUUUAUGGCCCAAGUCGAACCUUACAAUAAAACCUACAUUAUUAACCAAACGUAGGUUUUUGCAAGACACUAGUGCCAAAUUAGCUAAAUUUCUUCAUGAACCACCCAGUCAGGAUACCACACAGUUAUUAACCAAGGAUGAAUCUGAAUAUCCAACUGUAGUAUACCCAAUAUCUCAAUUUACACCAUUAUUUCCCAAGCAUUUUGACUUAUCAACAGAGAAACCCACAAUGUUAACAUUAUUAAAAAGUAAGAAGUAUCCAAUUAAUUGGGUUUUCACGGCAGGGUAUUUCAAUAUUCAUGCUGAUUUGAAGCAAAUGUUGUUAACGACUCCAACAAAUCAUUCUACGGUGAUCACAGCUUCAUCACAUGCUAAUGGAUUCUACCAAUCGAAGGGACCCUCGGGAAUGUUACCUGAUGCAUACACAUAUCUUUCAUAUAAAUUUUUAAAAUCUGUUCCCAGUAAUCAGGGAAUAACAUUAAGAGAAUGGAAGAAUGGUAUAGUUACUGAGGCCAACGGGUGGUCGUAUCAUGCUAAGGGGGUAUGGCUAUUAAAUGAUGAUCUAAUUCCAUAUUGUACUGUUAUUGGUUCUUCUAAUUAUACAAGGAGGUCUUAUUCCUUAGAUUUAGAAUCUAAUUGUGUCAUUUUAAGUGACGAUAAUGAAUUGAGGCGAAGUAUGAGGGGAGAGUUAGAUAAAUUGCUGAGUCAUACGGAGGAAGUGACAGUGAAGGAUUUUGAAAACGAAGAUGACAGACAUGUUAGUUGGAAAGUGAAAUUGGCCACUGGCAUAUUCGGUAAGAGAUUAUGA